UGUCAUCGAGUGAACGCUCCGGGGGAAGAGAAAAGCCGAGCCUUCGCUCCUCCUCCACUUUACAUCGUCGGGACCUGGGGAAGUGUCCGGACGGGGGAGACAGUCAGUCAGCCGAGCCCAGGAUUCUGGGGGGGAAAGAUGGGAAUAAAAGUCACAGUGUUCGUACUUCUCCUCUGUGCAGUGCUUCCACACAUGUACCGUAACGUCCAGGACAAGUCGUCGCCGCAUUGUGUGUUUUGUCCGUUUCUCUGUAGUGGAAGCCCGCAGCCGCCGCAGCAGCAGCAGCAGCAGCGCGAGCUAGCUUAGCAGACUCCCGCUGGCAGUGCCAGACACACAGGUACAGGAGGAGAGGAGGAGGGGGUCGCUGACAAAGAAAGGUGGCGAGGGAACGAUGAACCGCUUCCGAAAGUGGCUCUACAAGCCCAAGAGGACGGACCCUCAGCUCCUGGCCCAGUUCUACUACGCUGAUGAAGAGCUGAACCAGGUGGCCACUGAACUGGACAGCCUCGACGGCAGGAAGGACCCUCAGCGAUGCACCCUGCUGGUCAACCAGUUCCGAUCAUGUCAGGACAGUGUGUUGAACAUCAUCAAUCAGAUCAUGGAUGAAUGUAUCUCCAACGACCGGGCCAACAGAGACUUCUGUGUCAAGUUCCCAGAGGAGAUCCGUCAUGACAACCUGGCAGGGCAGCUGUGGUUUGGGGCCGAGUGUUUGGCCGCUGGCUCCAUCAUAAUGAACAGGGAGAUAGAGAGCAUAGCCAUGAGACCGCUGGCUAAGGAUCUCACUCGUAGCCUGGAGGAGGUUCGGAACAUCACCCGAGACCAGGCCCUGAGAGACCUCAACUUGUACACAGACCGCAUGAAAGACGCACUGCGACAUUUCGACAGCCUUUUUGCUGAGUUUGAGCUCAGUUAUGUGUCAGCCAUGGUGCCUGUGAAGUCUCCCAAAGAAUACUAUAUACAGCAGGAGGUGAUUGUGCUCUUCUGUGAGACCGUGGAGAGGGCCCUGAAACUGGGCUACCUCACGCAGGACAUGAUCGAUGACUAUGAACCUGCACUAAUGUUUACAAUUCCCAGACUAGCCAUUGUGUGUGGGCUGGUUGUGUAUUCAGAGGGGCCUCUCAACCUACACCGAAAAUCAGAGGACAUGUCUGAGCUCUUCCGACCUUUUCGCACUUUAUUAAAGAAAAUCAGAGAUCUGCUGCAGACCUUGAGUGAAGAGGAGCUGGUAACACUAGAGAGGAACCUGUGUAUCUCUCAGGACUGGGAGUUGUCCACGGGCCAGGGGCUGGCUUCAAACGGCGCACCAGCACCAGUCCAAGAAAAUCAGUCAUCCUGCAGUCACGGUAAUGACACUUCCAAGGGGGAGAGUGAGGGAGAGCAGGAGCAUCUGGCUCUGUAUGUCUGUCCCAGCCAGGAGGAGGAGCGGACGGAAGUGGAAAAGGGCUGGGAGGAGGUGGAGACUGAAAGGGGAGAGGAGGAGCAGGAACAGGGCCUGUUAUGUGAGGAGGCAGAGGAGGCUGAGCUGGCGUGUUCCAUGCAGUAUGACGAGGAGGAACUUGAGCAGCUCAACAUGAUGGUGUACCUUGUAGGAGACGAGAUGUCCACCCUGCUGUCGCCUCCUAGUCAGGGCCAGUCCCCAGCUCGCACUCCCAAAAGAGGAGAGGCAGGAGGCUCCAGUGGGGCUUCCAGCACUGAUGCGUCUCCCCGCAGGCUUCUGGUGGGCCGGGGAAGGACACGUGUCAAUGUAGAGGAGGAGGACAGGGUGUUCUUCAUGGAGGACUUGGAAGCAGCAGGAGACAGCAUCUCGAAAGAGGCAUGUAGUUGUGUCGCGUCGCCUUUUAAAGCCCCAGAGUCUGCUCCUGUCGUGCAACGGAAGCAGGGGCCACGACCAGACUCGGUCAGGAAUGGCUGGUACACUGAGACCCCGUCAGAGCAGCCAUGUCCUCAGCCACGUGGCCAGAACGCGCUUUGUCAUCACGCGAAGCUCCCGCCAUGCACCGCCGGUCCGGGCUCCGAGCCUCUGCCUUACACUAACGGGUGGGAGCUGGGUUUAGAGGGGACAGCUUCUGAAACGGCGGAGGUCAUUGCCCAUCGUAUGGGCGGUAUGAAGCUAUCUGCUACAGUCAUCUUCAACCCGGGCUCCCCGAGCUUGACGGAGCUGGCCGUGGACAAGCUGUUGCUGCCGAGGCCCGCUCCCUCUGACAUUGAGCCCUGUAGCCCCCUGGUGGCCACUCACUGCCUUCUUAACUCGUGUGUCUGUUGUGGGAGCUGCGAGGACGGCCAUGACGACGCGAUAACCACGGAGACCACCGGUCUGGGCUUGGGCCUCGCUCUGGGGUUGGACAAACAAUCCAAGGGCGCAGCCAACAGCACCGUCAUCCAGUCCUCUGCUUGCCGAUUGCCCCUGCGCGGUCACGAGCCGCACAGUAAGGGGGAGCUCGCCCAGGUGACUCCCCCGUCCUCCCGCAGCCCUGCAGAUCCACUGGAGGAGGAUUUUAACUCCCAGUUCUGUGAGAAGUGCCUGGUGUUGGCUCCAGGGCCCGGGCGCGCUGCACACGACUGUAGCUCCAGCAGAGAUGAGCAAUCCCCGUGCAACCACCACCCGAGGACCGAAAAGAAGCAGCAGGCCAGUGGAAUCCGACAGAGGGAUAAGGAGAUGGAGAAAGACAAGACAGGAAAUAAGGAGAAGGACACCAAAGGGGACAGCAGGAGGAGCUCCAGUUUUCAGAACUCUCCCCUCAGCUCUGUGUCAGCUAGUGACUGUGACAGUGUGUCGGUCACCACAUGUAGUCUGUCGAGCAGUGCUUAUACUCCCAGCCCUGUGAGCAGCCUGACUCCCAGCUCAUCGGACGACCUGGACCAGCAAGAGGUCCAGCUGGCUCUGGAAGGUGCCAAGUUGGCCGCCAGGAACAAGAUCCGAUCACGCUUCCACAGCAGCAGUGACCUCAUCCACCGUCUCUUCGUUUGUAUAUCAGGUGUUGCUGAUCAGCUGCAGACCAACUAUGCGAGUGACCUCCGCAGCAUUCUCAAGACCCUUUUUGAAGUCAUGGCAACCAAAUGUGAGGAGGGGGACGACGAUAAGCAAAAGAAAGCAGGUCCUGUUCUGCGGAGUGCCGUGCUGGAGGACUGUGCGCUCUGCCAGGAGACCAUUUCUUCUUCAGAGCUGGCAGCCAAGGCACGUGAGGGCCAGUUUGAAGACCCUCCUGACUGGGUCCCCGAUGAAGCCUGCAACUCCUGCAUUGCCUGCAAGGCACCGUUCACUGUUAUCCGCAGGAAGCAUCACUGUAGGAGCUGUGGAAAGAUCUUCUGCUCUCGUUGCUCCUCCCACUCUGCACCGCUGCCCCGAUACGGCCAGGUGAAGCCCGUGCGGGUUUGCACACACUGCUACAUGUUCCACGUCACACCCUUCUAUAGCGACAAGGCCGGCAUCUGACCCUGUGUCGCCAACAGAAAGCUCUCCGUCCGGCACAACAAAGCUCAUAUGCAACAGACAGUUUCCACAGCUGUGCGCAAAGCAAACGCCACACUCCUCUGGUCUUCUUUUACUCCUGACAAGGAAGACUUCAGAGUGACGACGGGAGCCGCUUUGUGAGAGAUGCCGGCGCCUGAGUGGGAACCACAGGGAUGAUUUCUGUACCCAGCUAACACAAAUCAUUCACAAAUGCCUGUGUGAUUAUAGAGUUGCAAAAAAGAAGAA